AUGACUGACAAAAAGACUUCAUUGAAAGGUGUGCUGUUGGCUAUCCUGCUGAUGACUAACACGUUCUUGUCAAGAAAGUGUGUAACUUCUUCACCUAUUUGUCCCAAUGGUUCUGACAGUUGCCAGGUGUCCCUGGGGGAUCUUUUUGACCGUGCUGUCAAACUCUCACACUAUAUCCAUUCUCUUUCUGCAGAAAUAUUCAAUGAAUUUGAUGAACGCUACACUCAGGGCCGGGGGUUUAUUGCAAAGGCUGUUAACAGCUGUCAUACUUCUUCCCUCAUUACUCCUGAAGACAAAGAGCAAGCUCAACAGAUUCAUCAUGAGGACCUGCUAAAUCUAGUGCUGAGUGUACUCCGCUCCUGGAAUGACCCUCUACUCCAUCUGGCCUCUGAGGUACAAAGAAUCAGGGAAGCUCCUGAUACCAUUCUCUGGAAGGCUGUGGAGAUUGAGGCACAGAACAAACGGCUUCUGGAGGGAAUGGAGAGAAUAGUUGGACGGGUUCAUCCAAGUGAUUUGGGCAAUGAAGUCUAUUCUCAGUGGUCGGGACUCCCAUCCCUCCAACUGGCUGAUGAAGAUUCUCGUCUAUUCGCUUUCUACAACCUACUGCACUGUUUGCGUAGGGACUCCAACAAAAUUGACAACUACCUGAAACUCUUGAAAUGCCGUCUCAUUCAUGAUAGCAACUGCUGAGUAGCUUUGGCCUCACUUUAUUUAAAUGACAGCACCAAACGAAAUGAUCUCCUUUUAGCUUUGUCGCUUGUCACUGUACAGGAUACACUAAAUGAAAAAGCUCAUCCUGUGGUUCAUGAUUUAUAGUCAUAUCAUAAUGUUUUUCCUUUGCUUUUGGAUGCCAACAAUCACUAUAGUAUCUAUCAUGUUUCUCUCUUACUUUACUGUCUUUGUUACUAGUGUCACAACAAUAUUCAAAUUAAGCAAU